AUGUAUCACGUUUCAGGAAUUGCUGGCACUCCAGUGAUCUUCAAUGUGAACGGAGAUGCCCCUGGUCGCUAUGAGAUUUACCAGUACCAGAUGAAACCCAACACCACAGAGUAUAAGAUCAUCGGCCACUGGGCAGACCAGCUCCAUUUAGAUACUAAGGAGAUGUGGUGGCCUGGUGGGACACUCCAGGUACCCCAGUCUAUCUGCAGCCAGCCAUGUUGUCCCGGGGAGAGGAAGAAAACAGUCAAAGGUGUCCCCUGCUGUUGGCACUGUGAGCGCUGUGAUGGCUACCAGUACCAGGCCGACACCUACAGCUGUAAGAUGUGCCGCUUUGACCUGCGGCCCAAUGAGAACCACACGGCCUGUGAAGCCAUCCCCAUCGUCAAGCUGGAGUGGAGUUCCCCUUGGGCUGUCAUCCCUGUACUCAUUGCUGUGCUGGGCAUCAUGGCCACCAUGUUUGUAGUGGGCACCUUCAUCCGCUACAACGAUACGCCCAUCGUGAAGGCGUCAGGGCGCGAACUCAGCUAUGUGCUGCUGACGGGCAUCUUCCUGUGCUACGCCACCACCUUCCUCAUGAUCGCUGCCCCUGACGUUGGCAUCUGCUCCUUGCGACGGAUCUUCCUUGGUCUGGGGAUGAGUAUUAGCUAUGCAGCGCUGCUCACUAAGACCAACCGUAUCUAUCGCAUCUUUGAGCAGGGGAAGAUGUCAGUGAGCACCCCAAGGUUCAUCUCCCCGGCCUCCCAGCUGGUCAUCACCUUCAGCCUGAUCUCAGUUCAGCUCCUGGGGGUGUGUAUCUGGUUUGGUGUGGACCCGUCUCAGGCUAUCAUCGACUAUGAGGACCAACGCACGUCCAACCCGGACAUGGCCCGUGGCGUGCUCAAAUGUGACAUCUCAGACCUUUCUCUGAUCUGCCUGCUGGGCUUCAGCAUGCUGCUCAUGGUCACCUGUACGGUGUAUGCCAUCAAGACCCGGGGGGUGCCAGAGACCUUCAACGAGGCCAAGCCCAUUGGCUUCACCAUGUACACCACCUGUAUCGUGUGGCUAGCCUUCAUACCCAUCUUCUUUGGGACCUCGCAGUCAACAGAAAAGGUAAAUGUUUACUUUGACAAUUUAACUCUAUAA